UUAUAGGUUUUUGUUCGGAGAGGGGCCAUAAGCAUAUAUAAAAGCUUUCAACAAUUUGUUUACACCGAACAUUCAACCGUCGAACGUAAUUAAGGCAAAGCUGUUUUAAGCAAAACAAAAAACAUUUCUUCAAAUUUCAAAUAAAAUGUGGAAGGCACUGAUUUUUUCCGUGUUAUUUGCUGGCGUUGCACUUGGUGGCAUUAUUCACGAUCAUUAUGAACAUCAUGAGCACAGUGAACAUGAACAUGAACCUGAACAUGAUACCGAUCAUGAGCACAAAGUUGAACACGAGCACGCCACUUCGCAUCAAAGUUUCAAAAUCCAUCAUUUCCACGCGGUUCCUGUUUAUGUGAAGAAAGAAGACCAAAAAUACUUGAAGCAUCCGGUUGAAAUUUCAGGAGUUAAACACAAAUUGAAGUUGGUUCAUCCCGAGACAGAAAAAAGUCACGGCUACGGGUUGGUGUUGGAAAAUCACACAGAAGAAAAGAAUCACAAGGAUCUGGGCCAUCACGAACACCAUGAAGAAUACAAUUUCGAACCAUCUGAACAACACGAUUUCGGCGGCGAAUCCAGUCACGACAGUCAUCAUCAAUACCAUGAUAUUAAUUUGCAUCAUCAUUCGGAUUAAAAAAGAAAUUAAUUCGUUUUCGCUAAAUCGAUUAAAGUUCCAAAGUA